AUGUGCUUGAUCGGAGGAGACGGGGCUUCCGCGAGCUGGAUUUUGUGGAGGAUGCUGCGGCAAGUGAUUCACAGAGGGCUCAAGGCGUCGUUCUACUGGCUCGGCUUGUUCGUCAGCAGGCACCCCGUCUUCUUCCUCACCGUGCCCGCCGUGCUAACCAUCAUCUUCGGCUCCACCGUACUCAGUCGCUUCAAGCCGGAGACCAAUCUGGAAGUGCUGGUGGCCCCGACUCACAGCUUAGCGAAGAUCGAACGCAGUCUCGCCAACAGCCUCUUCCCCGUGGAUCAGUCCAAGCACAAGCUCUACUCGGAUCUCCACACGCCGGGCAGGUACGGGAGGCUCAUUCUACUCGCCCGCGCUGGAGGGAACAUACUGGAACUAGCGGACCAGGUUCUCCAAGUGCACAAGCAAGUCCUGGAGCUGCGCGUGAAUUAUAAAGGAUUCAAUUACACGUUUGCUCACCUCUGCGUGCUUAGCCACCGGGACAAGCGUUGCCUCCUGGAUGAUAUCAUUACCAUCUUUGAGGACAUACGCCAGGCCGUGCUUUCCAACAGUACUUUCCACAAGGUGCCCGUGGGCUACCCCAAUACCACGCUGAAGGAUGGGCGUGUGUCAUUUAUCGGACACCAGUUGGGAGGGGUCACCUUCUCCCCUAACAGUCGUGACCAGACGGUGAAGUCUGCGCGGGCUGUACAGAUCACAUACUACCUGCGUAACAAUGGGCCUGUGGUGCAGGACAUCAUCGCCGAGCGCUGGGAGAAUGAGUUCUGUGCCCUGGUCCAGCGGCUGUCCUCCAGCCCUCCCCCUCACAGCACAGACCAGCUGCACCUGCAGUCGCUCACCUCCUUCAGCCUGUGGAGGGACUUCCACCAGACCGGGGUGCUGGCCAAAGGAGAGGUGUUAGUGAGCCUGGUGCUGGUCCUGCUGGCCGCUACUAUCUCCAGCUCCAUGAGGGACUGUCUGAGGGGGAAACCCUUUUUGGGGCUGCUGGGAGUCCUCACCAUCUGCAUCGCCAACGUCACGGCCGCAGGGAUCUUCUUCAUAUCUGACGGAAAGUUCAACUCCACUCUGCUCGGGAUCCCUUUCUUUGCAAUGGGCCAUGGAACCAAAGGUGUGUUUGAGCUGCUUGCGGGCUGGAGGAGGACGAGGGAGAACCUGCCCUUCAAAGAGCGUGUGGCAGAUGCGUUUGCAGACGUGAUGGUGUGCUACACUAUGACCAGCUCUCUCUACAUCAUCACCUUUGGCAUGGGAGCCAGCCCCUUCACCAACAUCGAAUCUGUCAAGAUCUUUUGCCAGAGCAUGUGCGUGGCAAUCCUGGUCAACUACUUUUACGUUUUCUCUUUUUACGGAUCUUGCCUGGUUUUCGCUGGACAGUUGGAGCAGAACAGGUACCACAGUGUAUUCUGCUGUAAGAUCCCAUCAGUGGAGUAUCUGGACCGCCAGCCCACCUGGUUUAAAACUAUGAUGAGUGAUGGGCAUGACUUGUCCACACACCAUGACAGUUUGCCCUACCAGAACCACUUUAUCCAGCACUUCCUCCGCGAACACUACACUGAAUGGAUUACUAACACUUAUGUCAAACCAUUCGUAGUGAUUCUGUAUCUCAUCUAUGCCUCUUUUUCAUUUAUGGGAUGUUUACAAAUUAGUGAUGGAUCCAACAUUGUAAACUUGCUUGCUAGUAACUCUCCAAGCGUUUCAUAUGCAUUGACCCAGCAGAAGUAUUUCAGUAACUACAGUCCUGUAAUUGGAUUUUACAUUUAUGAACCAAUUGAAUACUGGAACUCUACUGUGCAAGAGCAUCUCAAGACUCUGAGUCAUGGAUUCAAUAAAAUUUCUUGGAUGGACAACUUUUUCCAUUACUUACGGGUGGUGAACGUGAGUGCGUCCACCAAAAGUGACUUUAUCAGUAUCCUCAAGGGCUCGUUCCUGCGCAGCCCGGAGUACCAGCACUUCACUGAGGACAUCAUCUUCUCCAAAAACCGCGAGACAGAUGAGUAUGACAUCAUCGCCUCACGCAUGUACUUAGUGGCACGCACCACCGAGAAGAAGCGUGAGGAGGUGGUGGAGCUUCUGGAGAAACUUCGACCACUGAUGUUGAUUAACAGCAUCAAGUUCAUUGCCUUCAAUCCCACUUUUGUCUUCAUGGACCGUUACAGCUCCUCAGUCAUCUCGCCCAUUCUGACCUCAGGCUUCAGCGUACUCACCAUCCUCAUCCUCACCUUCUUCCUGGUCAUCAACCCGCUGGGGAACUUCUGGCUCAUCCUCACGGUCACUUCUGUGGAGUUGGGUGUGUUGGGUUUGAUGACUCUCUGGAAUGUUGGCAUGGACAGCAUCUCAAUCCUGUGCCUUAUUUAUACCCUCAACUUUGCCAUGGAUCACUGUGCACCACAUCUGUACACUUUUGUACUAGCUACAGAGCACACCAGGACGCAGUGCAUCAAGCUGGCUCUGGAGGAGCACGGGGCAGCCAUCUUGCAGAACACUUCCUGCUUUGUGAUUGGGAUAAUGCCCUUAGUGUUUGUGCCUUCCAACCUGACCUACACACUGUUCAAGUGCUCCCUGCUGACCGCAGGCUGCACACUGCUGCACUGCUUCGUCAUCCUCCCCGUCUUCCUCACCUUCUUCCCGCCUUCCAAAAAGAGACACAAGAAGAAGAAACGGGCGAAGAGGAAAGAGCGGGAGAGAGAGAGGGAGCGGGAGAGGGAGAGGGAGAGAGAGAGGGAGGAGAUUGAGUGCAUAGAAAUCAGGGACAAUCCUGAUCAUGUGACUAAUGUCUGA